CAAGGAAAAGGAAAAAGAUAAAAAAGAAAAGGACAAAGACAAAGAAAAGGAAAAAGACAAAGAAAAAGAUAAAGAGAGAUCGGAAACACCUACCAUAGAAAAGAGUUCAAAACAAAGAGGAAGUUCUGUCAGUAGUUCCCAGUCAAGUACGUCAGGUAAACAAGAGUCCAGUAGUACAGAGGCACCUGCUGCUGAACUUAAACGCAAGAGGGCCAAGUCAGAUUUAGGCACAGAAUCGACACCAACAUCAGAAUCCACCGUAGGAACGCCUUCAUCCUCAAUCCCAGACCAACAAAAGCGGAAACGCAUGCGAGCAGAAACUCCCUCCGACCCAGCUCCUGUCAGUGCACCAAUACCAGAGCCUGCAGCACCUGUCACUCCCCUUGUUUCCAUGGCACCAGCAACCUUCCCCUCCUCAACAGUCGGCCCAGCUGCCACCCCCACCACUGCUGAACUAAAGCGGAAGCGCACAAGAGGAGCAGUAGAGGCUGUCGUUGAAUCGGAAGAAGCUUAUUUAGCGAAGGUAGAAGUGAAAAUAAAGAUACCUGAUGAACUAAAACCUUGGUUAGUGGAUGACUGGGAUCUCAUAACACGACAAAAACAGUUGGUGUCGCUUCCCUGUAAAGCAACAGUUGACAAUAUUCUGGACGAUUAUGUGAGAAGCAAGACCACCAAGGGAAGUACUUGUAACAAAGAUGCAAUCAUUGAGGUAACCCAAGGAAUCCGAGAGUAUUUCAAUGUCAUGCUCGGCACACAACUUCUCUACAAAUUUGAAAGACCACAGUACGGUGAGAUUGUAAAGGAACACUCAGACAAACCUAUGACCAACAUAUAUGGUGCUGUCCAUCUUCUACGUCUUUUUGUAAAACUUGGAGGUAUGCUAGCCUAUACAUCACUGGAUGAGAAAAGUAUCCAACUUCUACUUACCCACCUACAGGAUUUCUUGAGGUACAUGCAGAAAAACUCCGCCACCCUGCUGAGUAUGAAUGACUUUAUUGUGGCCCCUCCAGACUACCAUCGGAAAGCUAUUUUAUGAGAACAUGGAGUCAAAUUUAUACUUUGUUGUUUUAUUUCUUUCAUUUUGUUAUGGAGGAUAGAAUCGAUAAUCAGGCGGACACCUGUUCUACUGGAACUGUUAGAAUGUGGCAAUUUUGUAAACUUUAUGUCAAUCUCAAAUCUCUUGAUUAUCAUGUGAGUUUUACAAUAGAUACAUCAGUUUUGUAUAUUUCCAUUGCUAAGUUUUCAUACAGAUAAAAUUGAUCCCAUUUUACAGUGGUAUAUGCGCUUUUAUAAUAAUCACAUGAUACUAAGCAAAAUUGUCUUAAUGUUUUUGAUGUUUUAUUGUAAUGAAUGACAAAAUCUUGAGAAUAAUAAGGACUUUUUAUUAAAAUGUUGCCAAGAUUAUUUUGGAGUAUAAUACUGAAAAUGUACUUAUUUUCAUGCACUCAAAUCAUUAAAUUUUAAUAGAUUAGCGCAUUGAUAGAUUAGCACAUCCCAAAAACAUGCAAUAGAAAACAAUACAAGAACUCCAAUUCGUGCAUUCAUGAUUUAGCGCAAUAAUGACAAGCACUGAAAUAAGACAACCAAUAAAAUAUGUACGUUGACAGUAUUUCGGUGCAAGAAGAUUGGGAGAAUGCCAGUUUUGAUGUAUUUUCCUUGCAAGAUUUUACCACCUUAAGCUUAAACGUAGAACACAUUUACUGCACUGUGUCGCACUGGUUGUAUGUUCCUAGCAAAGUCAUUGUGGUGUACCCCAACAAAAGAGUUAUCUUGUGAAGAUCACACUAUCAAAUUUUCAUAUAAUGAUGCAUUUCCUUACAUUUGUUACUUAGGGUUCGUUAUGAAAGCGUACCUAUGUGUGUUGUGUUGUUAUCAGUUUUGACAAUGUCGUGGUAAAAUGAUUAACUGUGAGUUCAGACAAUAUUUUUACCUGGUAUACAUGUGUUAAAUACUGAAAGAGAAGAAAAAUACAUCGUACUUGUACAUAAUAUUGUAGAACUUGAACCUCCAUGAGUACUUCUAUUUAAGUACAGUAUUUACAUUUUACAUAUCAUUCUGCUGAUUAGCUUUCUGCUGUCUGCAGCUGGUAUGUUGGAACUUGAGUCAGUUAAAUCAUUCCUGUAAUGUCUAUAAAUGUAUUCAUAAACUUUGAAUCCACAGUUAUAGUAAAAAAAAUGUAAAGGUACUUUUAAAUGUUCAUUGGGCAUUUCAUGUUACAUGGUAGACUGUUUUAAGACUUACAAGUCAAUUAUUUAUCUGGUGAACAUGGUUAUGUAUAAAAGGAAUACACACCUUAUGUCUUUAGAUGCAGAAAAGUUGUAUAAUAAAGAUAUUAACAAUAAAGGAUUAACAAGUUGUAGUUUCUAUAAAUCUUGAAUCUGUUCAAUAUAAAAACUGAAGAGUUUAGCACAAUGACUAGAUAAAUGGCUCUAGCCACUUUGUUAGAUCCAGUUUCACAAAAAAUCCUACAGGUUCUAAUCUUAAUUUUCCCUAUUAGCUUUAGUGAAAGAAAAAAAUUAACAAGGUUACAGAACAUUUAUGAUACUGAUGCAUAAUUUCUAAAUUCAUGUAAGGGUACUUAUAUAUAUUAUAUAUAAUGAGGAAACUUCAUGGAGCAUUUUAUAUUGGAGUGAAGAUGGACCUGGUCUAAUUGAGUUUAUUUCUUUUUCUUUAAACAUAUCUAAGUUGCAUUAAAAGAGUAUUAUUAUUAAGUAGUGUCAAUAUGUUUUGUGGAAAUUUUCAGCAAGUAACUGAAAUUUUUAUUCUGUUUGAAUGUGAGCAAAUAUCCGAAUAUGUGAGCAAAUGAUAUAUACGUGAUACUGAUUUAGAAAUAAACAUCAGUUUAAGAAUCAAGUGUCAUUUUAUUUUCACCAUCAUAUUUUAAAAUACAUCAGCAAUAUGUAGAAUUAGAAACAUUGAAGCAAAGGAUUUAAAAAAAAAGUGAAUGAACAUGAAGUUAUACAUUUUCUAGCAAUUUCUUUUAUUAUCAUUAUGUACUUUAUCAAAUAAAGCUGUCUAUAAAAUCCUGUUACAUCCAUGUCAUCAUGGAUCAGUUUCUAUUUCUGAAACUGUUCGACAUUGCUUUUGUUGGUUUUAUGAUGUAGACCAAGUGUACAACAGCAUGAUGCUAUUUUUAUGAAAAUAAAUAAAGGUAAAAAACAAAAA